AUGUCAAGGGAUUCGGUCUUAACGAGAACUGAGAUCAAAGAUAGGAUCUCAAAAGGUGAAGUCCUUGUUAUAUACAAUUCUCUAGUGCUUAGGUUAGAUAAAUGGAUUAAAUAUCAUCCUGGUGGAGAUAAGGUGAUAUACCAUUUGGUAGGGAAAGAUGCUACUACGGAGAUGAAUAUUUUACAUGGCGAUGACACCAUAGAUACUUUUGCUAAGUGGCGUAUAGGCAGGAUUGACUACCGUUGGGAAAACCUACUUCCGCCUAUUCAAGCCGGUAAAACUCAGGAUUCUAAAAACACCAAGCUAGAUAUCGAUGAGGAUGAUGAGGAAAGUGAGGCUACACUUUACUCCUCGUCAUCUUCGCAGUCUUGUGAUUCAACGCUUAACUCACAGGCGACGCUUUACGAUACAGUGAUCGCUGAUCCUAUGCUGCCUUCUGAAAGGUUUGAUGCCAAGCUUAUCGAGGAUGAAGAGGCAGAGUUGCCUAGCUUCGAUCCAGACACUCAAGCUUAUAUUCUUGAAGAGUACGAGAAGACCCGUAAGCUACUACUGGAAGCGGGUUUAUUCAACUGUCGUUACUACAAGUACCUGAAGGAAGCUGCGAGAAUAGGUACGCUGUUAUUCCUUGUCUACUACACUUUGUAUCACAAGAAUAUGCAGUUAUUAUCUGCAUUUCUUUUGGGAUGUGCUUGGCAACAAGCAGUAUUUAUUGCGCACGAUGCGGGGCACAUCUCCAUUACUCACCACUACCAGGUGGACAGUGUUAUAGGUAUAAUAAUCGCUUCAUUCAUUGGAGGAUUAUCAUUGGGAUGGUGGAAGCGCAGUCAUAACGUCCACCACUUGGUCACAAACGAUCCCGAACAUGAUCCAGAUAUCCAGCAGCUGCCAUUUUUUGCAAGCAGCGUGCGGUUUUUCAAGAACCUUUACUCGACGUACUACGAAAGAUACGUCACAUUCGAUAUACUGGCGAAGAAAUUAGUGCCUCUACAGCAUUAUUACUACUAUCCUAUAUUGGCAUUCGGUAGGUUUAACCUUUACGUUCUAAGCUGGACCCAUCUGCUGUCGUUUUUGGGCCCUUGCAAUGGUUCCGCAGCGUGGUUCCGCUAUCUCGAAAUUGCUGGUAUGCUCUUCUUCAACUAUUGGUUCGUCUACCUCAUUCUUAUCUGCGGACUCAACACUUUCUGGGAGAGAGUGCAGUACGUUUUGGUUUCCCAUUGUGUUACCGUAAUUCUACAUGUCCAGAUCCUCUUAUCGCAUUUCGCUAUGUCUUCUGCUACUGUCUCUCCUAAAGAGUCGUUCCCUUUGAGGCAAGUAAGAUCUUCUAUGGAUGUGCACUGUCCUCCUUGGCUUGACUUUUUCCACGGAGGCCUUCAAUUUCAAAUUGUGCAUCACUUAUUCCCAAGGUUGCCAAGGCAUAACCUGAGAGAAGCCCAGCCUCAUGUCAUAGAAUUAUGCAAGAAGGUUGGUAUUAAAUACACCAUUUACGGCUUUUACAGUGGUAACAAGAAAGUUGUCUCCCACUUGCGGGACAUUGCUCAGCAAGCAAAAAUAAUGCUUGACUGUGCUAAUACUUUACAAAAAGAAGGACUGUAUGAGCAUUAG